AUGGGUGAAGGGAAGAACUCGUACAGUCCGGCGGACAAGGAGGAGCGGGAGAAGAUGAUGCCGGACGGCGAAGGGCCGUCGGCGCUGCAGAUUGACGAAGGGACGCCAGCGCUGAAGCCCAAGCUGGGACUCAUGAACGGCGUCACUGUCAUUGUGGGCAGUAUCAUUGGCAGUGGGAUCUUCAUCUCGCCCACAGGCGUCCUCAAGGGCACUGGGUCAUCGGGCAUGGCGCUCAUCAUGUGGACAGUGUGCGGGAUCUUCUCGACCAUCGGCGCCUACUGCUACUGCGAGCUCGGCUGCAUGAUAACCAAGUCCGGAGCAGAUUACGCCUACAUCAUGGAGGCGUUUGGGCCUUUCUGCGGAUUCCUGCGACUGUGGGUGGAGUGCAUGAUUGUGAGACCAGCUUCUCAGGCGAUCGUCUCGCUCACCUUCGCCAUUUACGCCCUGAGGCCGUUUUAUGCGGACUGCGAGUCUCCGGAUGACGCCCAACGGCUUCUGGCUGCGUCUUGCAUUUUCAUUCUCACUGCGGUCAAUUGCUGGGACGUGAAAUGGGCCACGCGAGUUCAAGAUGUGUUCACAUUUGCGAAAGUCAUCGCCUUGAUCAUCAUCAUUAUUGCCGGAAUGUACGAGCUUUGCCAGGGUCACUUCGAACACUUCAACUUCGAGAAUACCGAAACGGACAUUAAAAAGAUAUCGCUGGCAGCUUAUGCCGGAUUAUUUGCCUACAAUGGAUGGAACUACUUGAACUAUAUUGUAGAGGAGCUGAUUGAUCCGCUCAAGAAUUUGCCGCGCGCAGUUGCAAUUUCUUGCACGCUAGUGACAGUGAUAUACGUGCUGACGAAUGUUGCCUUUUUUACUGCCAUGUCUCCUCUGGAAAUGCUGGAGUCCCAAGCUGUUGCCGUGACCUUUGCUGACAAGCUAUUCGGCAUGGUGUCGUUCACCAUCCCGAUUUUCGUGGCCAUGUCAACAUUUGGAGCUGUCAAUGGAAUAUUGCUGACUUCUUCAAGAUUGUUUUACGUCGGUGCAAGAGAAGGACAGAUGCCUGAAAUUUUGACUCACAUUCAAUUGACCAGAGCCACACCUGCUCCCGCUGUGUUGUUUCAGAUUGUUUUACGUCGGUGCAAGAGAAGGACAGAUGCCUGA